AUGACCGAAGCACCGCCAACCGAAGGAGGCAAGCAGGAGCACCCCCUAGCCUGGGUCAGGAUUAACCUAGCCUACUUCAGGACGCCUUCAGGAUCCCUCAAGAUCUUGCAGCUGGUAAGUCAUGAUAUACCCUACUUAUACAGGCUUGUCCUUAGCGCCUAUGGUUGUGAUAAGUUUCGGGCUAGAUAUUUACCGGUAUACCGUUUGUGUUAG